GGUCAGUUUUUCAAAAUCUGACCCCUGAAAUAUCAUCAGGCAUCAUGUCUGACUAUGAAUCGAUAAAAAAAGGUCAAUUUUGUUGGGGGCAGAAAAAUAGUCUUAUCGGCCCUAGUCCUUUAUUUAAUGAAUAACUUUAUACAAAAAGUAAUGAAAAUUUUUUUUUUUCGAUUUAAAUCUUUAAAAAAAAGGAAAAGAUUAUUUUAGGCAUGUGAAUUACUUUUUAUAAUGAUUGAUAAAACAUAUAAUUAUGAACGUUUAACUAGAAGAAUUGUUGAAUUAAUUGAAAAAUUAAGACGGUAAUUAUAGAAGUUUUUUUAUUCGAAAAAAAAAGAAAUAUUUUCCCGUUUAGUCUCUCGCAGCAAGCUUUAAUUUAAUUAGUGAAUUGUUACCUCUAUGUUUAUCAUGAAAAACUAAUCAAGAAGAUUUGAUUAAACUUGUUUAUGAUCGAUAUGAUGCAUCAAAUGGUAAUAAUUAUUGCUUCAUUUCUUUUUUUUUAAUUUUUUGUUUUUCUGUAGUGGAACGUAAAUGUCAAUAUUGGGGAUUAAUUUUGAAAUUAUGUUCAUUUUCAUCUGAUACUGUUCGAGAAACAUUUAUAAAAAUACUUCCAUUGAUUAUUAAUGAUAAACGUCUUUCAGGUUAUUUUCAUGUAUUUGGUACUAAUUGUUAUUUGACACAAAAUGUUUUAUUUGAAUAUUUUACAAACGAUGAAUUAUUAUGCUCAUCCAAUGAUUUAUUCAUUAAUUUUAUGGUGAAUUUAUUUAAUAAUUUACUUCGUAAUAUUCAUUCAAGUUAUGAAGAUGAAAUUAGUAUGGAUCGUUGUUUAUGGCCAUCAUCUGAAGAUGAAAGUUGUGUUCAUUAUUGUGCUUUAAAUAUUAAUAAAACAAUUGAUAUGAUACGUGAUCAAUCUAAUCGAUUAAUUCUUAUUCAAAUAGAAACAUUCAAUCAAUUUUUUAUACGACAAAGAUCAACAGUUCGAUUAAAUUUAAUAAUUAGAUUUCUAUAUGUUACAAAAUCAUUACAUGGUAUUAAAUUAGAACAACUACCUCAACAAUGGACAUUCCAUCAUUAA